AUGGAGUUCAGCACUGCAAUUAUCGCUCAAGUGGUACUACUCGCGGUGACACUUUCGAUAACUCUUCUGCGAUGUUUUGUUCGUCUUAGAAUCGAGGCACGCGCUCUCACCUUGUCUGACUACUUGGUGUGGGUGGGCUAUGCAUUCACAGUCGCCUUUGUGGUCUGUCAAGGUGUUGCUUUGAAUGCUGCAAGGACGCAUCCGUUAGUCGACGAUACUUACACCGACUCUGUCGUCUAUCUCAAGGCUGUCUACGCGUCAUGCUUCUUCUUCGACAUCGGGUUGUUCAUGCCCAAAGCGUCGAUCACAGCCUUUUACUGGUGGCUUAUACCGAGGAUGUUCAGAAGUCUGAGAUUCAUGCUAUGCGUCGUCACUGUCUAUCUCGUCCUCGCAGCGGUCGGCUCUGUCUGUCUCGACCUCUUUAUUUGUUUCCCUGUUCAUUAUAACUGGUCGCUGGACUAUGAAAAGCAAGGUCAAUCAAUCUGGAAUUCAUGGAACGACUUCUGGAUCAACUGGAUGCUGAACUUUUCAGCAGAUGUUUUCUUAUUUUUCAUUCCCUUCUUCAUCAUCAAAUCACUCAAGCUUCGCCAGAGACAGAAGUUUGGUCUUAUUGGUGUCUUCUCGCUCGGCUUGAUCACCAUGGCCAUCAGUUUCGCUCGUUUCAUGAUCUACACUGUCUCGAACUACGACUUGGGCGACAACGAUGGAGCUGUCAUGUGCACCGCGGAGAUGUGCACGUCCCUCAUCGUCGCCUCCCUUCCCGGCCUCAAAGUGCUCAUCACCCUCGUCGGAUACACCGCACAGCAGCCGUAUCGCGAAGAUCUCGGCUCGCCUGUCACGUCCAUUACGACGAACUUCUCUUGA